AUGGAUGAGUGCGGACAAGCAUAUGAUAGCAAAUUUGCGGGUGACAUUAUGGUCGGUGGAGUUGUGGAUAGUGCUCAUGCAUGUUACAAGGUACAGAGGGAGAAAGAUAAUCUGCAGAGCUGGGCUGCGGUGCGAAGUGAUGAGGAGAGUUACAGGAGAAUGAUAUGGGAGGACAAUAUGAGAUACAUCGAACAACACAACAUCGAACACUCAUUGGGAAAACGCACAUCUAAAGUGGGAAUGAACAAAUUUGGAGCUCUGACCAAUGAAGAGUUCAAUAAGCUCAUGAAUGGACUUCUCCGAAUCGAAGCUGUCAACAUGACUGAAAUUGAAACUGAUGAAAGAGAUGGAAGUAGUCAAUCUGAAGAAAGUCACAUUCAAUUGAGAACUGCAACUGUUGACUGGCGUCGAGAAGGUGUAGUUACUCCAGUGAAAAACCAGGGUCAAUGUCAUUCUGACUGGGCUUUCAGUGCAACUGGAGUUUACUAUGAUGAAAAUUGCAAUGCUGGGGAACAGACUGGGGUGAAGACGGGUACAUCAAAAUUGCUAAGGAUAGAGGGAAUAACUGUGAAAUUGCCAGUUUUGUGCGGUACCCUGUCGUGUAACGAGCCAACUGAUAAGACAGAGCUUCAUCAAUCCCAGCUGAAUGAUAAACCGGAUCAUUUCGGGGUGUCCGUUCCUCGUCGAGCGCAGGUGUUCAUCUCCAGUAUCCUCGUUUCAAUGCUUAUGCAGUCAAUCAUUUCACCAAUGUGUUUGAAUUUUCAGACCAAUGAAGAGUUCAAUAAGCUCAUGAAUGGACUUCUCCGAAUCGAAGCUGUCAACAUGACUGAAAUUGAAACUAAUGAAAGAGAUGAAAGUCGUGAAUCUGAAGAAAGUCACAUUCAAUUGAGAACUGCAACUGUUGACUGGCGGAGAGAAGGUGUAGUUACUCCAGUGAAAAACCAGGGUCAAUGUCAGUCUUCCUGGGCUUUCAGUGCAACUGGUGGCAUAGAAGGACAGUGGGCAAAAAAGCAUGGAAACCUGGUUUCUCUCAGUGAACAGAAUCUGAUUGAUUGUUACGAUUGGGGUUCUGGAUGCUAUAGUGGAUCCGCAUCGGAUGGCUUUGAUGAAGUGAUUGAACUUCAAGGCAUCAACUCUGCUGAAACUUACCCUUACACAGGAAAGGAUAGAGACUACUGCAGAUUUCAGCCAGAUAAAAUUGCCGCUAAAGUCACUGACUACAAAUGGGUUUGGGGAGGCGAGGCAGCAUUGGAACAAGCUGUGAGAGAGAUAGGACCGAUGUCUGUUGUGAUUCAUGCAAGUCUGAAAUCCUUUCAACAUUAUAAAGGAGGAGUUUACUAUGAUGACAAUUGCAAUGGAUAUGUAACCGAUGAAGUGCUGGUGGUUGGUUUUGGAAUUGAGGAUGGAUUGAACUAUUGGCUGGUUAAAAACAGGUCCGUGAUUAGCGCCCAUUUGCUGGCUACUUUGGUGAGGAAUUCGUGCAUAUGGGUGCGUCAACGACACGGUGAUCAGGAAUCCAGUGCCGACAAUAUUGAAUCAUCCCCGGAAAAGCUGGCAGCUGGAUCCGUUUGGGGAGACCUUAGAUAUAGUCUCAAGCCAUUGACCAGUCAGAUUCUGAUGGGAUCAGUCAGUUGCAAACACCCGGUAGAAAGAGUGAACUCUGGUACAUUAAAUCUUGUCCUCCUGAGCAGAGGGACCAGCGUCUGUUUGUCGUUUCGAGAAAAACACAGAAGCACCAGGAGAGGAAAGCUGGCCAGUGACAAAUACGCGGCGAGAAAAACUGAUACAAUUCUUGCUACUCAGCCACAAGACACAAGUCUGGCCUCCACCUUGGAGGAGGGAACCAACGACCAGCUGAAUGCCAAAACUGUUGGCAUCCCCAAUGUGACCCUGCAAAACUGGAUGAUCCAGGAUUAUCUGCUGUUCGAGAAAGUGGGCGCAUGCACCCUCAUCGUUUCCGAUUGCUGCACUUACAUACCCAACCCCAGUGAGGACGUCAGUAAGCCAGCCUGGCAUAUCCAAGGCGCUACCGCAGAUACAGACUACUGCAGAUUUCAGCCAGAUAAAAUUGCUGCUAAAAUCACUGACUACAAAUGGGUUUGGGGAGGCGAGGCAGCAUUGGAACAAGCUGUGAGAGAGAUAGGACCGAUGUCUGUUGUGAUUAAUGCAAGUCUGAAAUCCUUUCAACAUUAUAAUGGAGGAGUUUACUAUGAUGAAAAUUGCAAUGGAUAUGUAACCGAUGAUGUGCUGGUGGUUGGUUUUGGAAUUGAGGAUGGAAUGAACUAUUGGCUGGUUAAAAACAGCUGGGGAACAGACUGGGGUGAAGACGGGUACAUCAAAAUUGCUAAGGAUAGAGGGAAUCACUGUGAAAUUGCCAGUUUUGUGCGGUACCCUGUCGUGUAACGAGCCAACUGAUAAGACAGAGCUUCAUCAAUCCCAGCUGAAUAAUAAACCGGAUCAUUUCUGUUUAUGCUGACUCAUUCAAAGACAUUGCUUUAAUUGUCUGCUGCAAAUUUAAAAAGUGAAAUAAUAACGAUUUUUGCACAAUUCUAUCGCUUCAUAUAAAACAAAUGGCAUUGUCUGAUUGAUACAUAUAGCCACUGUAAAUGACAGAAUGAAUACAUUCUCCAGCUUGUAGAAGACAAUAAUCUGCAUGUACUGCUGAUGUCCAACAAUAAAGUAAAGGCUGCCAGCAA